CGCAGAACGUCACUGCUCUGCUAACUGGUUAGGGUUCUGGUUUGCUUCGUCUCCUUCAGAGGUUGAAAGCCGGCGGGUUAGGGUUUACUUAUUUCCUUGUUCAAAGGUUUAAAUCCGCAAAUUCUUGUUCCUUCAAGCAGAUCAAUAUGUACGGAUCCAGAGAGUUUUUGAAUAAUUGAAGGGCAAUGUUGGGAAGCGGGGGGUUUAUGGACGGGUACGAGGUCGGCUCAAAGAGACAGAGAAUGAUGGAAUCAAAUCCGUACUUGACAGUGAGCAGUUCUGCGGGAAGCUUCCAGCCAUCCAGCUACGGUGGUGGGUUCCACCCAACAUUCCCUGUGGUCCGUCUCAGAGGUCUCCCUUUCAACUGUGCCGACAUUGACAUCUUCAAGUUUUUUGCGGGGUUAGAUAUUGUGGACUUGCUGCUGGUGAACAAGAAUGGACAUUUCUCCGGAGAGGCAUUCGUCGUCUUUGCAGGCCCCAUGCAAGCUGAGUUUGCACUCCAGAGGGAUCACCUUAAUAUGGGGCAUCGUUAUGUGGAAGUUUUUAGGUGCAAGAAGCAAGACUACUACAAUGCUGUAGCUGCUGAGGUGAACUAUGAAGGCAUGUAUGAAAAUGAUUACCGUGGCAGCCCACCUCCCCCUCGAGCAAAGAAGUCUGUUGACAAGAGCCAGUUGGAGUACACCGAAAUCCUCAAGCUUAGAGGCCUCCCCUUCUCUGCGACCAAGACUCAGAUACUGGACUUCUUUGGUGAUUUUGGGCUGACAGAAAACAGUAUACAUAUUGCGUGCAGGCCGGAUGGUAAACCAACUGGUGAGGCAUUUGUGGAGUUUGCUUCAGCUGUAGAGGCUAAGAAAGCAAUGUGCAAGGACAAGAUGACAAUUGGAUCACGGUAUAUUGAGCUGUUCCCUUCAACUGCAGACGAUGCCAGGCGUGCUCGAUAGAGGUUUCAAUUGUGUGACCUAAAAGAACAUGUUUCUCGGUUUAACUUACUUUACCAUGCAUGGACUUAAUGAAACUCUUGUUUUUGUCAAGUGACAGUUUAUCUGUUUUCAGUAUCUAACAGUUUGAUAUGUAAGGUCUGAUUGGAUAAGCUAUAUUUCAAGUUUCAAUUUUCAAUUCAAAUACAAUUAAAAAAUAUCACAUGUA